CGCUCUUACCAGGCAGAAUGAGUAGGACAUAAGUAGGGCUGACUUAUUUUAUUUACUUGCAAGCAUUUUCAAUUAGUUUCAGUUUUGUUGAUAAGCAGUUAAGUCUAAAUUGGACGUUUAAAUAUGUCAUCAAAAUCGACAAACGCGCAAUACCUGGGCUGUCUCAUUCUUUCUCAAAAUGGAGUCGAUGGACAAACGCACUACAAUCAAGGGCUUCGUGCGCCUGAAGUCGCGAUGGGCUCCUCAAUGACCUCUCCUAAUGUGAACUUUAUGAAACAUCGCCCGACGAUUCUUGGAGUGACUCCGUCGAAUAGAUUUGUUGGUAAAAGUCUUCCGGAAAGCGGUUCUCUGCCUUGUACUCCGGAGCUGGAGUUGGUUGGUGAAACCGACGUUUCUCACGGACACGCAGGGAAUCCAGCGUUGGACCACAACACAAGGGAGCUUAUUGGCAGCUUCCUAAGAGACUUUACUGGACUUUCAAAACAACGGUGGCGUCAAAAUAAACCUCUUUCUACGAUGAUAAGGGUGGUGGAGAACGUUUUGUCGAAGCACAAAUAUAACUACAAUGGCAUGAUCAAGAAACUCGAUUUGGACAACAAAUCAGAUGAAAUGGGGUUUGUGAGCACAGUAGCCAGGAGCCUCUUCUCAGACGGGACCACCAACUGGGGUCGGAUUGUCAGCCUGGUGGCCUUCGGGGCUGUGGUGUGUCAGAACCUGAAGGAGAGGAACAGGGAGCACUGCGUGGACCUGGUGAGCCAGGAGAUCUCCACGUAUCUGCUGACAAACCAGCGGGACUGGCUAGCAAAAAACAAUUCAUGGGAUGGCUUUGUGGAGUUCUUUAAAGAAGCAGACCCUGAGGCAACAGUGAAGAAAACGCUCAUGGCUUUUGUUGGAGCUGCUGGUAUUGGUGCAACAUUGGCUUUUCUGAUCAGGUGAAUUUGUUGGACUCUGAGACUUUUGGCUUCUCUCCUCUCAACAACUUCUGUUUUGGACUCAAAGAAAUACAGAAAUGGAAGUUUAACAUUGUGAUGAACAUCUCACCAGUGCUGGCUUGGUUGUUUCAUUAACCUUCUAGCCAUGUGUAUUUUCUGUAAAAGUACGUUGGUUUUCUUGAAGCUUAUUUAAUACAAAUAAAUUUAUUUUUCUAAUGUGAAAUAUUUGUAUACAAGAAGAAUGAUUGAUCAUCAGGUCAGCUAAAUUUUAUUUAAACUUCUUUUGGGGGGGGGGGGGGGUCUGUGUUUACAACUUUAUAAUUAUUUGUAAUUUUAUCUAGUAAAAGAUUGAUAUGAAACCACAGACCAAACCAGCAACUUUUUGUAAGCAUGACACCCACUCCUAGAACUUUUGUGAGUAUUUGGGACUUUUGUCUGGAUACUUUUCAGAAAAGUCAUGAUAGAGGGAUUGAUUAGCACAUAGUAUGUCUCCAUGCAGAGACACCAUGGCUACAUUCACAGACUGAUGCAUCUAAAAACCAUAUAUGUACAGAAUAAAAACAAUGUAACUAAUUUGA